AUGGCUCGGGUGGUUGAAUUGGUGAUGGCGGCAACGUGGCUGCUGUCACUUACACUGACUGCUGCUGUGACAAUGUUCAUAACUGUUUCCAUAAGGAAUGGCCCUUCCUCCUUCGACAAAUAUAGCAUGGCUCACAUGCUCUAUCUGGUUACAGCCUCUCUGGCACUGCUGCUCUGGUGCAUGGGUGUUUCUCUCACACAAGCCAGAGCGUGGUUGCAUCAACAGGGCUUGGCCGUGAAACCUUGGUUGGCAAAGCUGAGGAUUCCUCUGCACCUCAUCCUGUCCCUUCUUCCUCCUCCCUGUCGCUUCUUCCUGCUCCCGUCUACUCCCAAGUUGGUGGCGACAGUGGCAGCGUUGAGAAGGGAAUUGGCAGAAGUGAAGUGUCAGCUAGCAGGAACAGAGAGGGAGAUGGCUGAAGGCAGGCAGCACGCAUUGAAGCUUGAAGAGUCUCUCUCGCAUUGCGCGCAGGAAUGCAAAAACACACUGGAAGAAGUCAAAAGGGAACUGGCAGCAGUGAAGAGUGAACUAGCAGGAUCCAAGAUGGAGGCGGCCAAGUACAGGGAGUGCGUUUUGAAGCUUGAAAAGUCCCUUGAGCACUGUGGGGAGGAAAGCAAACAAACAUGGGAGGCCAUUCUGUUGGCAUGGAGUAGAAAUUCGCCUUUUCGGACAAUUCUGGAGUUGAAGAAUCUUUCGAGCAUCUCAGACACGGCCCUCAGCCAUGCAUCGGCCAUGCCUUGCCUUACUUCGAUUGAUCUCGACAAGUCGUCUGGCUUCAGUGCAGAGGGCAUGAAGCACCUCUACAAGCUGCCACAGCUGCAGCGGUUAUCUCUUCGAACGGUGGCAGUUUCUGAUGAUCACUUGGAAGGCAUUGCGGCUGCGAGCAAACUUCAGAAUAUUUCUCUCACCAACAGCAAAGUGACGGAUGCUGGUCUUCAGCUGUUGACAGGGCUCCCACUCAAGACCCUAGAGCUUAAUUGCUGCCAGGGUGUUACAGCUGCUGGCAUGGCUCAUGUAGGAAGGGUAACAGGCCUUGAGAGUCUGUUUCUGGAGAAUGUUAAUACAGGUGGUGACGGUUUGCAGCAUUUGACAUCGCUCACCAAUCUGAAGCUGCUUGCACUGCCAACUGGGAUUACAGAUUCCGGCAUGGAGCAUGUGAGGCACUUGACAGCCUUGCAGCAUUUGGACAUGACUGCAUCUGCAGUCACCGAAGCCGGGGUGAAAUGGCUGAAGAGCCUGCCUUUGCUGUCAUACACCCGAACGAAUCAGGAGGAUCUGCAGGUGUGGUUGAAGGUUGCCCUUCCUCGAGUGACAGUGACUAGUGAUCUUCAGCCUGGUACUAGUCUGGUGGUGUGA